AUGGGGUACGUGCUGUCGGCGGUGGCGAGGGUGCUGGAGCUGCCCACAGCGUGGGGGGCGGCCUGGGAGAUGGCGCUCCUCGCGGGGCCCCUCUGGGCGGCGGCCCUCCUUGGCCUCCUGCUCGGCUGGGCCUGGCGCCCGCGCUGGGCAGCCGGCCUCGUCGUCGCCACCGCCGACGGCGGCAGCGCCGCCGCUGCUGCUCAGGCGCCGGCGCAGCCGCCCUUCGCCACGCUCGACUUUUGGAAGGCCCAGCUCCCCGCCCGUCUCCGCGCCCCGCUCGGCUACGCCGGCGCCGCUGUGCAGCAGAGGGAGGACGACGAGGACGCCGUGCAAGGGUCGUCGGAGAUGGCGAACGAGGAGCUGGCUGUGGGGAAGGAUGACCUGGUGAACCUCUGGAGGCUGGUGGAUGGCAGGGACGGCGGCCCGGCCUGGAUCAAGAUGAUGGAGAAGUCGCUGCCCACCAUGACCUACCAGGCGUGGAGGAGGGAUGCCCAGACUGGGCCUCCACAAUAUCAGAGUAGCAGCAUCUUUGAGAACGCCACUCCAGAGGAAGUGAGGGACUUCUUCGGGGACGACGAGUUCCGAAUGUCCAACAAGUGGGAUGAUAUGCUUAUUUAUCAUAAGACGCUGGAGGAGUGCCAGACCACUGGGACGAUGAAAGUACAUUGGGUCCGGAAGUUCCCCUUCUUCUGCAGUGACAGAGAGUACAUAAUUGCUCGUCGGAUAUGGAAACUGGGGGGCGCCUAUUAUUGUGUCACAAAGGGUAUACCAUGCUCAUCCAUUCCACGGCGUAACAAACCUCGAAGAGUUGAUUUGUAUUAUUCAAGCUGGUGCAUCCGUGCAGUGGAAUCCAAGAGAGGGAACGGAGGGUUGACAGCCUGUGAGGUUCUCUUGUUUCACCAUGAGGACAUGGGUAUCCCAUAUGAGAUUGCAAAGCUUGGUAUUCGGCAAGGAAUGUGGGGAUGUGUAAAGAAAAUUGAGCCUGGACUCCGGGCCUAUCAGGAAGCCAGGGCUGCCGGGGAGCCAGCAUCACGGAGUGCCUUGAUGGCCCGAAUCAAUACUAAGGUCGGCGACAAUUUUGUUCGGUCAUUGGAGUCCAACAGCGACGAAUCAGAAAUCGUGGAAGCAGAAGAGAAGCCUGCGAGGAACCACGUGGCAAGGUUCCUUGUACUCGGAGGGGCAGUUGCUUUGGCCUGUACUCUUGAUCAAGGGCUCCUAACAAAGGCUCUCAUCUUUGGCGUCGCGCGGAAAUUCGUUGGGCAGAGGAAGACAUUGUAG